UCUCGAUCUCUUCCAAGGUUUCCCCGCUUCCUGCAACCUUUUCGCUUCAUCGCGCAACUCUCCCCCAAGCGCCCUCAUGGAGCUCCCUCGUCCCUCUGCCUCGCAGGACUCGGCUCCGGCCGCGGCUCACCCCGAGCCGACCCUGCUGUCGUCGCUCAAGGCCACCGUGUUCACGAACCUGUACUUCAACCUGCUGCUGAUCUUUAUUCCCUUUGGCUUCUUGGCCCACUAUCUGAAUUGGGACUCGUCGCUGUCGUUUGUCUUCAACUUUAUCGCCAUCGUCGGCCUGGCCAAGAUGCUCGACUUUGUCACCGACGAACUUUCCAAGAGAGUUCCGCCCAGUGUCGCUGGUCUCCUGAACGCCACCUUUGGAAAUGCCGUUGAGCUGAUCGUCUCCGUCCUCGCCCUCAAGGCCGGUCUGAUCGAGGUUGUCCGCUCGUCGCUCCUUGGAUCGAUCCUCUCCAACUUGCUUCUGGUCCUGGGCUUUUGCUUCCUCUUUGGAGGCAUCUGGGGCAACACCGGCAAGGGCAAGGGCAAGGCCAAGGUCCAGAAAUGGGGCUUCAACUUUGCCCAAAAGUUCAACUACAAGGCCGCCAACACCUCGACCUCGAUUCUUGCCGUCACAGUGCUGUCGUAUCUCCUCCCGGCUGCCUUCGGAGCCAACAACAGUUUCCUGCUGACCCCCAAAGACCCCAACAGCCCCUACGACCCCAAAACCAACCCGGGCAUUCAAAUCUACGAUACCCUGAUCCAGAACGUCAGCCAUGUUGCUGCCAUCGUCUUGCUCUUGACCUACGCCGCCUAUCUCUUCUUCACCCUCUACACCCACAUCGACUUUUUGAACACCGAUACCUACGAUGACGAUGUUGAUGCAUCCGCCACGCAGUCCAAGCUUCUGGCUGACGAAGAAGCCAACAUCAGCUCGGGCGGCAACAACCCCGGAGGCGACGAGGAAGAGGAAGAUGAGCCGCGCUUGAUCACCGUCUUCGUUGCUAUCUUGAUCUUGACCAUCACCACGGUCUUUAUCGGCUUCAAUGCCGAGUUCAUGGUCGACUCGAUCGACGGCGACACCGGCAUUUCCAAGAAGUGGCAGCUGUCCGAGACCUUUAUUGGCUUGAUCCUGAUUCCCAUCGUCGGCAACGCCGCAGAGCACGUCACGGCCGUCUCCUCCGCCAUGCGCAACAAGAUGGAUCUGGCCAUCUCGGUUUCGAUCGGAUCGUGCCUGCAGAUGGCACUGUUUGUUUCUCCUCUCCUGGUCAUUGUUGGCUGGGCAAUCAACCAGCCCCUGACUCUGGUCUUUGACGGCUUCGGAACGGCCGCGGUCUUCAUCAGUGUCUUUGUCGUCAAUGCCCUGAUUACCGAUGGCCACUCGACGUGGCUGGAGGGGUUCCUGCUGCUGGCUUCCUAUGCCAUCAUUGCUGUCUCUGCGUUCUACCUCCAGACCAACCCGGCCGUCACGGCCAUGCUGGGUGGAUCGACUGUUUAAAGUUGCUUGGUGUCGACUUUGCAAGCAGUGACUCUGGGAUCUCUGAACCCAAUUAUUGGAUUGAGAUCCAACCGUUGUAGACUGCACUCCCCUGGUGCUGUCUUUUGCAUCUGACCACAGCAAAGUGCUUUGGAUCAUAUUCCGCCUCCACAUUCCGGAUGCUGAUUGUCGUGUGGGUUGUCAGUCUUUUCUUGUACGUGUCCGUCCUCUCGCUCAAUACACGACUUGCGCUACCAU